AGCUCGUGGCGGGCGGCUCAGCGCCGUAACCCAACUUCAUCAUGUUGGUGCUGUUUGAAACGUCUGUAGGCUACGCCAUCUUUAAGGUUCUAAAUGAGAAAAAACUUCAAGAGGUUGAUAGUUUAUGGAAAGAAUUUGAAACACCAGAAAAGGCAAAUAAAAUAGUAAAGCUAAAACAUUUUGAGAAAUUUCAGGACACAGCAGAAGCACUAGCAGCAUUCACAGCUCUGAUGGAGGGCAAAAUUAAUAAGCAGUUGAAAAAAGUUCUGAAGAAAAUAGUAAAAGAAGCCCAUGAACCCUUGGCUGUAGCUGAUGCUAAACUAGGAGGGGUCAUUAAGGAAAAGCUGAAUCUCAGCUGUAUCCAUAGUCCCAUUGUUAAUGAACUUAUGAGAGGCAUCCGUUCACAAAUGGAUGGAUUAAUCCCUGGGGUGGAACCACGUGAAAUGGCAGCUAUGUGUCUUGGACUGGCCCACAGCCUUUCUAGAUACAGACUGAAAUUUAGUGCUGAUAAAGUGGAUACAAUGAUUGUUCAGGCUAUUUCUUUGUUAGAUGACUUAGAUAAAGAACUAAACAAUUACAUCAUGCGAUGUCGAGAAUGGUACGGCUGGCAUUUUCCUGAAUUAGGAAAAAUUAUUUCAGAUAAUUUGACAUACUGCAAAUGUUUGCAGAAAGUUGGCGAUAGGAAGAAUUAUGCCUCUGCCACACUAGCUGAGUUACUGCCAGAAGAUGUUGAAGCAGAAGUGAAAGCAGCUGCAGAAAUAUCUAUGGGAACAGAGGUUUCAGAAGAAGAUAUCUGCAACAUUUUGCAUCUCUGCACCCAGGUGAUUGAAAUCUCAGAAUAUAGAACCCAGCUCUAUGAAUACCUACAAAAUCGGAUGAUGGCCAUUGCUCCCAAUGUUACAGUCAUGGUUGGAGAAUUAGUUGGAGCAAGGCUUAUUGCUCAUGCAGGCUCGCUUUUGAAUUUGGCCAAGCAUGCAGCUUCUACAGUUCAGAUUCUCGGAGCAGAAAAGGCACUCUUCAGGGCCCUCAAGUCUAGAAGGGAUACUCCUAAGUAUGGUCUCAUUUAUCAUGCUUCACUUGUAGGCCAGACAAGUCCUAAACACAAAGGAAAGAUUUCUCGAAUGCUGGCAGCCAAAACUGUUUUGGCUAUCCGUUAUGAUGCUUUUGGUGAGGAUUCCAGUUCUGCGAUGGGGGUGGAGAACAGAGCCAAAUUAGAGGCCAGGCUGAGGACCUUGGAAGACAGAGGGAUAAGAAAAAUAAGUGGAACAGGAAAGGCACUAGCAAAAGCAGAAAAAUACGAACAUAAAAGUGAAGUGAAGACUUACGAUCCUUCUGGUGACUCUACAUUGCCAACCUGUUCUAAAAAACGAAAGAUAGAACAGGUAGAUAAGGACGACGAAAUCACAGAAAAGAAAGCAAAAAAAGCCAAGAUUAAAAUCAAAGUUGAAGAGGAAGAAGAAGUACUAGUGGUGGAAGAAGAGGAAACCUCUGUGAAGAAGAAAAAGAAAAAGGAUAAAAAGAAACGCAUUAAGGAAGAACUGGUUUCUGAGGAAGAGCCAUGCACCAGCACAGCAAUUUCUAGUCCAGAGAAAAAGAAGAAAAAGAAAAAGAAGAGAGAGAGUGAGGACUAA